AUGGGCAUUCCUCACUAUCUAAUUGUCGGUGGUGGUUUAUCUGGUCUCAUUACUUCAUACUUUAUAUCCCUUAUUCGAUCACCUGGUACUUAUCGUCUUACAGUUUUGGAGAGUAGUAACAGGUGGGGAGGUUGGAUUCGGUCAGUUAAAAAUCCCAACACCGGUUCAAUUUAUGAAGCAGGUCCGCAUAGUGCUCGUGUCAAAUCUUCUGCAGCAGUCAGAAAACCGUUUACUCGUUCUAUUUUCGAUGUGAUCAUCAGACGAUUGUUUUCUGGACGUCCACCAUCUCAGUCGGAUUGGACUGUUGAUGAGUUUCUUCGUUCUCGUUUUGAUUCAGAAUUCGCUGAUUAUAUUGGUAGUGCUUUGAUACGUGGUAUCUUUGCUGGUGACUCACGGAACCUUAGUGUUCGUGCUUGUCUGCCUAUGCUUGUGAAAUCAGAAGAAUGUGGACCGAAUCUGAUUCUUGGACUUUUGCGCUCAAAGUUCAACCAAUCUUUAAAUAGUAAUACUGUGCCAACUAUUCUUGAUGAGAAACUUCCACAUUUGAAUAACUUGAUCUCAUCCAAUUCGAUUGCAUGGAAUUUGUCAGGUGGAUUAGAGACUCUAAUCGAUACUAUGGCAGACAGUUUAAAUAGGAAUUAUCCACACAUUAAACUUCAUUUGAACUCUUCUGUAGAAAAAUUGAAAUUAAAAAAUGAUCACUACGAGUACACAUGGAGAAAUGUUACUAAUGGUAGUGACCAGAAGAAAAUAGAUAAAGCAAAUUCAGUCUUUCUUUGCUGUCCAUCGUUUGUCACAGCGGAAAUUUUGGAGGAUGUAAUAUCUUCUGAAACUCUAAGCUAUCUGAAACCAGAUCGCCUUCCAUGGGAGGAUGUUGUCAGUGCUGUUCUAGAAGUGGACGGUUCGUCUUUCACUCCAUCAAUUCGUGGAUUUGGACACUUAGUACCUCGUCCUGAAGAUGCACAUAUUUUAGGUGUGAUAUACGAUUCUUUUGCAUUUCCACAAUUGGAUGGAGAUGGUAAAAAUUUGCGGUAUACAGUAAUGAUGAAACCUCAUUCUGACUGGCUUGAAUCAUCUAAAAAUUUCAGCUCUGUAGAACACUUAGAAAGUGUUAUUGAAGAGGUUUCAAGAAAUGUCCUUAUAAAACAUCUUAAAAUACCCAAUCCAGUGAUUGUUGGUCGUCAUAUCCGAGUUCUCCGUAACUGCAUCCCUCAAUAUCCUCCUGGUCAUUUGAACAGUAUAGCUAGUUUACGCAAUGAAAUUUGCCAAGUUUCAAGUGGAAAUAAUUCUGUCCGAAAAGGCCUAUAUCUUGUCGGCAAUUCAUAUGAUGGUGUUGGAUUGACUGAUACUGUUCAAAGUGCUGCAAAUGCGGUUGUAGAAGAAUUUAAAUCGUUAUCAUGA